AACGGCCGCUGGCUUGGUGCAUGUCCUCCGGAGCUGCAGGGUCUACGGUAUGUUGAGCAACUAUUGAUAGCACGUAAUAGGCAUAGUUUCUGUGUAGCCCAGGUCACUCGAGGCAAACAGCGUUAUCUUACCGCCAAUGCUAUCAUAUUUGGCCAGCCCGUUGCGCGCAUGUACGAAAUGCUUCCGCCCCCUCGUAAGGAUAUCGAGGAGUGUCUCGCGAUCCUCUUUGUAGGUAGUGCAAAGCCUACGAAUGUAGAUAUCAGCCGUACGCCAUUCAUUGUGCGUCACGCUGUGGUAUUAAGAGCGUUAGAGUGGCUCAAACUGAACCACCCCGACUAUUAUAGUAUUGGUAUCUCACACACUCAUCUCAACGAGUACCCGGAGGACGUCCCCCCUGUCGGAAUUGUUUAUCGUGAGCGGGACAUGGUUAGUGGGGAGAAUUUAGCCGUGAAUCAAACAGAUAUAGAGCACGGCGUGGACGCCGGCCAAUGUUCCUUCGUAGUACAUGGACUUUGUGGCAACGAGUUCGCCGAUAUGACUUAUGACCAGAAAGUGCGGUACGCCGUACGAUACUUUGAUACCGGUGGUAAAGCUAUGUACUAUGGCCAUGAGCGGAGGCCCCAG